AUCCAAAUUUAGAUCAGUAUGUUUUCCCGUGCGGUAGAACGGAGACAAGAAUGUGAAUCAGAGAAUUGUGAGUUGUUUUGAAACAUACGAUGCCGAAACACUGCUUCAACUAAAAGUACUCAAGAAUCAACUAACUUCUCAGUUUUACCUCUUACUGGGUCGAAGUUAUGCUCUUUCAAUAAGUCACACGUAUUCCAUUGACGGCAUCAAUUAUGGCCAUUUUUACAGGAUUCAUUUUUAUACUUCUGUUAUCGAUUGGGAACUCAUUACCACGUCCUAUAAAAAUUGUAUUGGCAACAACGUGAGUCCAUCCACAAACAAAGUAAUUUACCGAAGGGAGUUAAUACCAUCUGGCAUAUAUGAACCUUCAAAAAAAAAAUGUAAAGCACAUAUCUGAGUGACGUCAGGAUCAGAGCAGCGCAAACCUCUUGUUCUUCAUCCCGAGCUAUCUUCCAUGAUGGAGAAGAAGCAAACUAUGAAGCUUUAAAAAAAGCACUCACAGUUCUGAAAGAAGAGCAAAUAGCACCGAGCUUCGAGCUGCAGCCAAUCAUAAAAUGGGUAAAUUCAAGUACUGACAGCUUUAAGACAUCUCUUGCAGCUUGCAGUUUAGUAGAAGAAGGUGUAGCAGCAAUAUUUGGUCCAGGAAAUUUCCAUACACGUAAUAUCGUUUCAAGUAUUACGUCCAGAUUUGAAAUUCCACACAUUCAAUAUUCAUUUCGUCGCAUGGAUGAUCCUCUGCUUCCUCAUACUACAAUCAAUAUGUAUCCUGACAGUGAAAAAAUUUCUGACGCAUUAGUGGAUAUUCUCAAAGCAAUGAGUUGGCUACAGUACACUGUGGUAUAUGAGACAGAUGAUGGAUUAUCACGACUACAGAAGGCUCUGUGGAAACAUGGCCCAACGAAUUUUCCUAUUACAGUUCGUCAACUAAAACCAACUUAUGAUAAGUCUACACAUGAACCUGAUUACAGACCCCUGCUAAAAGAAGUUGCCAAUUCCACGGAUUUCAGUAUCAUAUUUGAUGUUGAACCUGAAAAUUUAUGGUCUAUUUUAAAGCAAGCUCAAGAGGUCAAGCUACUGAAAGAUUAUUAUAACUACAUCAUUACGUGUCUGCAUAUUCCCAGAGAUGAAUUAUUGUUGGCACUAAAUGGAUCUGAAGCAAAUGUUACAGCCAUUCAAAUAAUUGCCGAUGAUUCAUACAGUCUACCAACGGUAGAAAGUGCAUUCCUCUUUGAUUCUAUUUUUCUCUUCAACGAUGCUCUAGAAGCACUAAAUGCACGCUUGAAAAUCAAUGGCCACCAGCAUUUGAAAAUUGAACCGGAACCACUGUCCUGCUCUGAUACAGUAAAAUAUGAAGCAGGUCACAACAUAUCAGCUUUGAUGAAAGAGAUAGCAUCGGUGGGUAGAACAACUGGAUAUUUGAAGUUUAAUGAAAAAGGAGGGAGAUCGUUCCAGCUAAAUUUUAUCGAGUAUCAUAUGGGUAACGCUUUUGUCUCUGCAAAUUGGCAGGAUGGUGAAUUCAAUGUUAUGAGAACCCAGAAAGAAAGAGAGGAAUCAGUAUCAAAGAGUAUUGAACAGAGAGUUUUUAGAGUUACUACGAAGCCUGGAGAACCUUGGGCAAUGGAAGUGACAGAUGGAUCAACUCGAGGAUUCCCUAUUGAAGAUAAACGAUGGGAAGGUUACGCCUUCGAUCUUAUUCAUGAAAUGGCAGAAAUUUUGAAAUUUAAAUACGUUUUUGAAAUUGUACCUGAUGAACAGUAUGGAGUUUACGAUGAAAAUACGAAGCAGUGGACGGGGCUGAUUGGACGGCUUUUGAGUCGAGCAGCUGAUUUAGCAAUAUGUGAUCUCACAAUCACUCAAGUUAGAGAGUCUGCAGUGGACUUUACAAUGCCAUUCAUGAAUCUUGGUAUUAGUAUUUUAUUUGCCAAGCCAGACAAUAAAGUUCCAGAACUUUUUUCUUUCUUGUCACCGUUUAGCACUGAUGUGUGGAUUUACAUGGCAACUGCUUAUCUUGCUGUUUCUAUAAUGUUUUACAUCCAAGCAAGAGCAUCGCCAGAUGAAUGGCAAAGUCCACAUCCAUGUGUAUCCGAACCAGAAGAGUUGGAAAAUAAUUUCACACUAAAAAAUUCUUUCUGGAUUACCGUGGGUUCGCUUAUGCAGCAAGGAUCAGAUGUUGCACCCACAGCUGGAUCCAUUCGUACAGUUGGUGGAGUGUGGUGGUUUUUUACCCUCAUCAUAGUUUCCUCGUACACUGCUAAUCUCGCUGCUUUCCUCACAUCUGUGAAAAUGGACGAAUCCAUCAGUAAUGUUGAAGAACUUGCAUCCCAGAAUAAAAUUAAGUAUGGGGCUGUGAAGGGUGGGUCUACUGCUGCAUACUUUAGGGGAUCAAAUGUUUCUACAUAUCAAAAAAUGUGGCAAACGAUGAUGGAUGCAAAGCCUAGUGUAUUCACAAAAACUAAUGUUGAAGGUCUAGACCGUGUUGCCAAAGGAAAACGUACUUAUGCAUUUCUUAUGGAAUCUACAUCAAUUGAAUAUGCGGUUGAAAGGAAUUGUAAUCUCAUGCCGGUUGGAGGGCUCUUAGAUAAUAAGGGAUAUGGAAUAGCAGUACCACCAAAUUCACCCUAUCGUACUCAGUUAAGUCUAGCAAUACUAAAACUUCAAGAGCAAGGUGUUUUAAGAGAAUUAAAAACAAAAUGGUGGAAACGAGGCAGUAAGAAUUGCAGUCAAAGUGAACCUCCACCUGAUUCUGGUGAACUUACAAUGGCACAUGUUGGUGGCGUUUUUCUUGUCUUGCUCAUUGGAUGCUCCGCAUCCCUUCUUAUGGCUAUUUUUGAGUUCCUAUGGAAUAUACGAAAAGUUGCUAUUCAAGAAAAGAUAACACCGAAGGAGGCAUUUAUGGCUGAGCUGAAAUUUGCAAUAGAUGUUACGGCUGAUACAAAACCAAUAAAGAUUUCUCGUAGUCGAAAUGCCAGUGGAUCUAGUUCAGAUGAUAAUAGAUUAACCAGAGCUGCAUCAACGGCCAGGUCCUUUGUUGGCUCUUUUCUUCGACUAGAUAUUCUUGAUAAAGUGGAGAAAGAUAAAGAAAAUAAUUCUAAUAACAAAAAAACAAUAAUAUAAGAAAAUGUAAUAGAUUUAGAUGUACAUAUACAAAAAGAAAGCUGUUCGAACCUAAUACAUCUUAGAUAUUCUUUGGUUGGAAAUAA